GAGCGAGAGAGAGAGCGAGAGAGAAGGUGCGGGCUUGGCCGGGUUGCUUGGUAUUAGGAGGACAGCAAAGGAGAAGCAGCAUCCCAAAAAUAAUAAUAAUAAAAUAAAAUAAAAACAAGAAGAAGACUCAGAGGGGGUCUUAUUCGUCACUGUGAACCGCUCAGCACAUAUCCUCUUUGGCCUGACCGCCGCACCAGCUCCAGUCACCAUGAACUACCUUCGACGGCGCCUGUCCGACAGCAGCUUCGUGGCCAACCUCCCCAACGGCUACAUGAUGGAUCUGCAGAGGCCGACCCCGCCGCCGUCUUCCACCUCCUCCCCGGCCUCCCCGGCCACGGAGCGGCGACAGCCCCCGAGCGUCCCGACCCCGGCUCAGGGCUCGGCCCCGAGCUCCGCCGCCGCCGCGGGCGGCUUCCUCAGCUCCUUCUCCAGUGUGGUGAAGAGCGCCCAGAUGGCGCAGAACGUCGCGGCCGCCGCACAUGCCAAGUCGGCGGCUGCGGCGGCGGCGGCGGCGAAGACUGAGGGAACCCCAACGGGAAGCAGUCAGCCUCCUAAGCCUGUUGUCCGCAAACCCAAGAUCCUGCUGGUUGUUGAUGAUCAACACACGGACUGGGCCAAGUACUUCAGAGGCAAGAAGCUGAAUGGGGAAUAUGAUAUCUGUGUCGAACAGGCAGAGUUCUCAGAGAUCAACCUGGCCUCCUAUGUCACUUCAGGAUGCAUGGUGGACAUGCAGGUCAACAAGGGGGGUACAAAAACGGUCAGGUCCUUCAAACCGGACUUCGUCCUGAUUCGCCAGCAUGCCUACAGCAUGGUGCCGGGAGAUGACUUCAGGAACCUCGUCAUCGGCUUGCAUUUUGGCGGCGUGCCGAGCGUCAACUCCCUCUUCUCCAUCUACAACUUCUGCAGCAAGCCUUGGGUGUUCUCUCAGAUGAUAAAGAUCUACCACUCCCUCGGUGCGGAGAAAUUCCCACUGAAUGAACAAACCUUCUAUGCCAACUACAUGCAGAUGGUUAUGAGCCCUUCCUAUCCUGUGGUGGUGAAGAUGGGCCAUGCUCACUCUGGCAUGGGGAAGAUCAAAGUCGAAAACCAACAGGACUUCCAGGACAUCACCAGCGUGGUGGCGCUGGCCGGGACCUACGCCACCACCGAGCCUUACGUCCAGUCCAAGUACGACAUCCGCAUCCAGAAGAUAGGCAACAACUACAAGGCUUACAUGAGAACCUCCAUUUCGGGAAACUGGAAGGCGAACACGGGCUCGGCCAUGUUGGAGCAGAUCGCCAUGACUGACAGAUACCGACUGUGGGCGGACUCCUGCGCAGAGAUGUUCGGCGGCCUCGACAUAUGCGCGGUGAAGGCCGUCCACGGAAAAGACGGCAGCGACUAUAUCAUUGAGGUGAUGGACAGCUCCAUGCCUCUGAUCGGUGAACAUGUGGAGGAGGACAAGCAACUGAUCACAGAGCUGGUCCUCCAUAAGAUGGCCCAGGUGCUGCUGGGAGUUUCCACGCCGCCGCCGUCUUCAGUCAAGACGACACAGCCCAGACGAGGCGGACACCGUUCCGGCUCCGCUUCUCCGUCCCAGUCGGCCCAAGGUUCGCCGCAGCGAGCCCGCUCGGCCACCACCUCGCCCAGCCAGUCGUUCCAGCCCGGGCCCAUCCCUGACGCUUCCGGACCCGGAGCUCCGAAACAGUCACCUCAACUCAACAAAUCGCAGUCGCUGACCAACACCUUCACGGAGACUUUGCGCAGCAACGUGAGCGACGACGAGGCCAAAGCCGAGUCCAUCCGCAGCCUCCGGCAGUCCUUCGCCAGCCUCUUCUCUGACUGAGAGCCUCCUUCCUCCUUCCUCCUUCCUCCUCUCCCUCCUCCUUCCGCUUCCCGUCGAUCUGUCGAGGAGUCGCGCAGCUGCGUCUUCGGGUCCUCUUCGGUCACUUUGUGGCCAUCCACACCUUCGCGAGUAGAAAGGCCGAACGAGUCUCGCUGCAAGAAUUUUGAUGUCAGUGCAGGCACAGCGAUCAAAACAAACUCCGUUGGAAUCUUUCGUUUUCCCCACCUUUUCUGCGCCUGCUUUGCUCUUCAUAGCGUACGUAGCUUUCCCUUAUUUGACACGAAUCCGUAAUCUGACAGUCACUUUAUUGAGUUUGACAUGUCAAUGCUCUGCAGAACGACUUCGCUAUUUGCACCUCGCUCGGUCGGCCUUUCUAGUGGCGGAGCGUUCCGGUCACAAGUGUCCCGCCCGCUUCUUCUGCUUGAUAUUGAAUCAUCUUCUUUUGUCACACCGGUGAAAGUGUUUACCCGUUCGCGUUUGGUCUUUUGGAAAUAUUGAUUCAUUUCUGUGUCUUCAGCUGUCCAUGGCAAUAUUCCAGCCCACUCAAGAGAAGCGUACACAGUGUUCCCCCGCGAUGCGAUCGGGAAGGAGUCGUGCCGCGCGCACCCUCCAAAAGGUUAAUAAUUGUCUAUAGCUGCCACUAGAGGGAAAUUAAACCGUGUAAGAAGCUCCUCAACUCACCUUAACAUAGUUUGUUGCGGCAAAGCGCUACGCGAAGCUUCUCAACACCCUUUGACAUAGUUCCUCGGUACGAAGAUGCCACAAGAGGGCGGCAAAGCAAUACUUUUCUAUUAGACAGCGCUUUGGCCUUGACACAAAUCGAGUGAAUACAAGACCAUAGGUUCCCGCCCAAAAAUCUUUGAGUGAAGAAUAUGCGGGGGAACACUGUACAUACGGCCCACCAGCAUAUUGGCCAGCUCCUCAUACACACUUUCGGCUCAAGUAGCGACUCAUUGGCCUGAGAUUACCAAAGCGCUUUUAAAGCCAAGAGAAAGAAGUCCGCCGCACGCUGGGAGCGAUUUGACGCAAAGGUGCAAACGCCGUCGUCUUCCGUCCUCCUGCGAUCUGUAGUUUUCGGUCUGGGGGGACUGAUAGCUUACAAUUGCAAGCAAUGACGAUGUACUGUAAUGUUAAGCCACCCCCAAAAAAAGACUCCAAUGUAUUGUUGAAAUUGUUGUAUUUUUAUGUUGUUAUAAUGCAUGAAACUGUACAAAUGUAUGUGUGUGUUUGGGGGGCUGUGCGUGGUAAACAAUAGUACGACAACAAAAUAAAAAAUCAAAAAGCCCUUAUUUGCAAUAACUAUGUGCUCUUUUAAUUGUUCACCAAGAAGCCUGGUACUUGGAGGGGGGCACGGGGGGGGGGGAUGGGUGUCUAACCUGUGACCUAAAAUGUUGAGUCACCUGAGUGUUCAGGCUAAAGGAAAUUGAAAUUGUGAGUGUUUAUUCAUUCUUGCCGGAAUAUAUUUUGUGUUCAUAUUGCUAAACAAAUGUGCAUAUUGCGCUGUAAUGUUAACCGCAGCAGGAAAUCAACAAUGAAUAUGAACCAGUGGCAAAUGAAUACUUGCAUUUGUUUUCAAUUCAUGGAGAUUGUUUUCAUUUCAUUACCCUAUGCACUCCGUCCAAAGGACCAAAUUAGCAUUUUCGAACCCCUUAAAGUAUUUUGGGUUGUCCUUUGUGUAAAGAAAAAAAAGAAAGAAAACGUGUGCAUCUUAAACUGCAAUGUGAAAAAGCCAUAACCAAACUCCGAGGAUGUGCCACGCAAUAACGGCUGUGACGUCACUUGUCAACUGACAAACGCAGUUUUGCGCGACUUGAAAUCCAUCAGGUUGCUUGUUUGCAUGGAACCUCGCAGUUAGUAGUAGCUACUGAUAGCUCGUUUGCCGUGACGUCAGAUCACAUUUGGGUUUCAGUUCCAUGUACGCUUAUAGUUUACUGUUACUAUCGUGCGUCAGCAAAAUGUACAGAUGGAGUCCGCGCAGCAAACCUUUUGGAUUGCAAACCUCUGCUGGUUGAAAUCCAUUGUUGCUCCUUUUCGUAGAUGACAGUUGACGUGAACGACACGAUUCUCGAUGAACAAUCAUGCAAAUGACUCACAGUAAUGACUUGUAAUAGCGUCCGUCGGCAGCCGGCCUGCCAUGGCAACUGACGGAAGCAACCGGCCCCGUUCUGGGAAGUCAUUUUCUUAACGCGAUAAUGAGACACGACGGCCGGAUGAGUGAUUUUGCUGGAGUCGCAAGCUACACUAUUAGAACAUCAGUCCUCUUUGAGGCAAUACUUGCUUUUUUAAUUUUGGAUUCCCACCGUCAUCGCGAUGUGCGUCGAAGCGAAGCUCUGAAUUCAAUAUGCAGCCGCAGAGACUUAACAAAAAAAAAAACCCAAAAUGUAACCUCGACCCCCGGUGCGAGGACAUUUGUCGUCGAGCGAGCGAAAUUGUAGUCGUCGUAGUUGCAGAACGGUCCCUCCGCUGUGUUCCCUUGUGUUCCCUGUGCGGUGGAUGCUGGAUGGGUAUCACGCGGUACUUCAGGUGUAUUCUUCCUCUGUAUAUUGGUGUCAAUGUGGCAUGAAUACCAAUCCUACUCGUGUACUUCGGGUGCGGUCGUCACGCGUGCUUAAUUGCGAGAAGCGCCACGCAUCUCAAGUGUUGCUGUAAUUUCCGAGCAUUGGUUUUUUUUUUCUGUACAUUUUUGUCCCGACAUGCAGACUUGUGUUAUUAAAGUAACAACUUUUACGACA